AUGCGCCAAGUCAUGCGUUCAGUUCCUGGCAGGCGUGUUCGUGCGUCCUUGCGGCCCGUGCGGCCCUUGCCCUUUCUCUUGGCUCUUGUUUGCUUCUUUGCUCCAGCCUUUGUACCUGGAUCGAUUAGCCGGAGUUUUUUGAGACAGCGCAAGUUUGAGCUGCACGGCCCCUCUGGCCCGGGCAGCCGAGAUGUCCGGCUAUGGGCCCGGGGCGGUGAGGAUGAGGCUGUUGCUGUCGGUGACCCAGUCGAAGGCCUCUACCCAGAUGACGAGCAGUGGUAUCCUGGCGUUGUCGACAAGGUCAACGAUGAUGGCACCUACACCGUCAAGUGGGACGACGCUGAUGGUGGGCCAGAAUCGCAUAACUUGGCAGCGGAGAGCGUCAAGAAGAUCAUCAUCUACAAGGACUACAAGGUGGGAGAGGCAGUUGAAGCUGUCUUUCCUGACGACGGCCUCUGGUACACUGGCGAGGUUACCAAGCUCAACGAUGACGGGACCUUUACCGUCAAGUGGGAUGAUCCAGAUGGCGGACCGGAGUCCUCUGAAGUGCAGCCGCAGGACAUGAAGUACCCACCAAUUCCUUUCGAACAGCUCGAAGUGGGCCAGAAGUACACAGCAACCGUUCGGUCAGUUCUCGAUUUUGGUGCCUUUGUUGACAUUGGUGCUGAAUCGGAUGGAUUGCUCCACAUAUCCAGAAUGUCUUCGGAGAGGAUUGACAAUGUGUACGAUUUUGUCCAAGAGGGGCAGCAAGUAGAAGUCUGGAUCAGUGGGAAGCGGGAUGACGGCAAGUUCGGUUUAACAAUGGUUGAAGGAAUGACGGACGACGCGGGUGGUCGUCGUGCUCCCGCAGACCUCACUCCGUUUCAGGACCUCUCACCCGAUGAGUGGCAGAAGGGGGUAGUUUCGCGAACAGCUCCGUUCGGUGCCUUUGUCACUGUCACACUAGAAGGGGGAGCAUCUGCUGACGGCCUUGUCCAUGUGUCACAAAUAAAAGAUGGGUUCGUGGACAAUGUGGAUGAUGAGCUUUCUGCGGGUCAAGAAGUGCAAGUGCGCGUUCAGUCGGUGGAUGUUGAUGCUGGCAGGAUGAGUCUCUCCAUGCGCUCCGGUUUUGGGGGUGGAGGUGGAGGCUUCCGUGAACCUGCUGAUCUCUCUGCAUUUGAGGCAAUCUCGUCAGAUGAGUGGCUGACAGGAAAGGUUGCCAGAUUGGCGCCUUUCGGAGCCUUCGUCACCGUCACUGCAAAUGAUGCUUCAGCAGAUGGCCUCGUCCACAUCACACAGAUUCGGGAUGGAUUCGUGGAGAGCGUGGAAGAUGAGCUUUCGGAGGGUCAGGAAGUGCAAGUGCGCAUUGAAUCUGUGGACGCGGACAAUGGAAAGAUGAGUCUGUCAAUGAAGCCCGCAGGAUUUUGA